GCCGGGCCCCAUUAAGAAGAGCUUGGCGGGCCGCGGUCACUGCAGGCCCCCGGGAAAGCGGACCGGCCAUCGACCCAGCGGGGACCACCGAUCUUCGGCGGAGGGAGCAGCGCCGGGGUGCACGCUUGGCACCAUGGCCCAGACGCCAGCUUUCGACAAGCCCAAAGUAGAACUGCACGUCCAUCUGGAUGGAGCCAUCAAGCCUGAAACCAUCUUAUAUUAUGGCAGGAAGCGGGGCAUCGCUCUCCCUGCCAACACACCAGAGGAGCUGCAGGACAUCAUCGGCAUGGACAAGCCGCUAAGCCUCCCGGGCUUCCUGGCCAAGUUCGACUACUACAUGCCCGCCAUCGCGGGCUGCCGGGAGGCCAUCAAAAGGACUGCCUACGAGUUUGUGGAGACGAAGGCCAAGGAGGGCGUGGUGUACGUGGAGGUGCGCUACAGCCCGCACCUGCUGGCCAACUCCAAAGUGGAGCCGAUCCCCUGGAACCAGGCUGAAGGGGACCUCACCCCAGAUGAGGUGGUGCGCCUAGUGGGCCAGGGCCUGCAAGACGGAGAGCGAGACUUCGGGGUGAAGGUGCGGUCCAUCCUGUGCUGCAUGCGCCACCAGCCCAGCUGGUCCCCAGAGGUGGUGGAGCUGUGUAAGAAGUACCGGCAGCAGACCGUGGUGGCCAUCGACCUGGCCGGAGAUGAGACCAUCCAAGGCAGCAGCCUCUUCCCUGAACACGUGAAGGCCUAUGUGGAGGCCGUGAAGAGCGGCAUCCACCGCACGGUCCACGCCGGGGAGGUGGGCUCGGCCCAGGUGGUGAGAGAGGCCGUGGACACGCUCAAGACCGAGAGGCUGGGGCACGGCUACCACACCCUGGAGGACCCGGUCCUUUACAACAGGCUGCGGCAGGGAAACAUGCACUUCGAGGUCUGCCCCUGGUCCAGCUACCUCACGGGCGCCUGGAAGCCAGGCACGGAGCAUGCAGUCGUUCGGUUCAAAAACGACCAGGCUAACUACUCCCUCAACACGGAUGACCCACUCAUCUUCAAGUCCACCCUGGACACUGAUUACCAGAUGACCAAACAGGACAUGGGCUUCACUGAAGAGGAGUUUAAGAGACUGAACAUCAAUGCGGCGAAGUCCAGUUUCCUCCCAGAAGAUGAGAAGAGGGAGCUUCUUGAUCUGCUCUAUAAAGCCUAUGGGAUGCCACCUUUGGCCUCUGCAGGUAUGUUUCUGACUGAGCUGCUGGGCUGGUGCCCUGCCCUGGCUCCCACCUGGCUUUCCGGGGACUUCUAGCAA